AUGAGGACUGUCUUUGGGAAACUCCUGGCCCAUCAGGGGACUUCGGUAAGCCUGUGUGAUUGCUCGCUGAGGGGAAGAAGCACUGGUAACAAACGGUGCUCAGUGUUCUAUCAGGAGUUCACGGAGAUCUGCAUCAACACCAUCCUCUACUGGCUGUUCGCCCGUAAGGUCAGUAUACCACUCGUGCACAUACUGCUGGAGAGGACCAUCAACUAUCUGGGAGACAGCAACAACUAUUUGGCACUAAUCUGCAGAUCCUUCACACCAGUGUACAAUCCAAAGCCACUGAGAGGUGUGACCCCCUUACACUAUGUAGCUCAAAGCAGGCAAUCAGGCAUUCUGAAGACUUUACUACAGUAUGGGAUACUUGAGAGGGAGCAUAGACCCAUGUGCACAGUCCUCAUCAUCCUCUUCUAUCCAAUACCUGUUGCUAGAGGCAAUGACCAUCAGUACACAGAAAAAGUAGAGGAGGCAAAACAAUGUCUUGCUUUAUGCAUGAGAGUGAUGUGUUGCAUACAUGUCACAGAGAUUAAGGCACAAAUCAGUAAUGGAGGGAAACCUCUCAUUUCUAAUUGGUUGGAUUACAUACCUGUGGGAAGAUAUCAAGAGCCCUGCGAGCUCCUCCAACUCUGCAGAAUGUCCAUUAGAAGACACUUACGAAUCAACAGCAAGCUGCCCAGUGGGAUAGCCUCACUGCCGCUUCCCAAAUCACUUCAACUUUUCUUGAACUUGGAAAGAUAACAAUUCCUACCCACUUCUCUUCCCUAGAGGGUGCAAGCCUGUUUAACAGAUUAGGGACAGAGACAAAAGAGAGAGAAAGAAAGAAAACGCUGACCCUUCAGAAGAGAAAAACAGAAUCAAUUCAUUGUUACAGCAUUAUGUUCUACAUCGUGUUCUAUCACUUCAUAACAUGCAAUAAACUUAGAACUUGCAGCAAACUCUACAACUGUUUUACACAUUGGUUGCUUGUCAGUCUUUGUGUGUAGUUUUUCAUUGAUUCUGUUGUGUAGCGGUGCAGGCUCGAAGGGCCGAAUGGUCUACUUCUGCAUCUAUUGUUUCUUUGAAAAUGAAUCUCAAGGUUGUAUAUGGUGACAUAUAUACAUAUACUUUGAUAAUAAAUUUGCUUUUAACUC